CACAGGGUGGCCACCAGGCAGGACUCCAGGCAGGAUGCCACCAGGCUGGCCACCACCAGGGCCCAGGCAUGGGAGGAACACAGACAGUCAGAGUGUGUGAAAGAAGUGAGUGAAAAAAAUGUUUUGAAAAAAAGAGAGAGGUACUGGGCUGGAGAGAGAAAAACGGCAGGGCGGUCAUUAAAGGCAUGUGUUGAACAUACUGAGAAGCAGUGAAAGAACAAGAGAGGGAGAGAGAGAGACAAAAUGAGUGGUUGCGCCUGUCAUGGUUUUACUGGCUUCAGUGGUGGAUUUGGAGUGGAUGGAAAACAAGACGCCAUUUCGUGUGCCAUUAAAAUAUGCGGCACCAUGGCCUCCCAACUGCCCCCCCCCCACCCCACCCCUUCACACACACACACAGGGAGGGUGGGGGCCAAAACCUUGUUCCCCUACAUGUGGGGUUUCCAGCCCAGUGACAGCACCCUGUAGUCCCAGUGACAGCGCCCUGUAGUCCCAGUGACAGCGCCCUGUAGUCCCAGUGACAGCACCCUGUAGUCGGGGUGAUGCAGCUUCAGGAGUAGCUCCUCAUAUUGGAGGAGCGUGUUUGUGUUGGCACAGAAUUAAUAACUUUUCAUUUAGUGCGGAAAUGACAGGAAUAGAAAUUAAGGAAAUGGAAUGAUUUUAUUGGACAUGAUGUUUAUAUUAAGUUACAGAUGUGAGGCAGCUGCUCAUGCAGAGAGGCCCUGCCCCCAGAGCGAUAUCACUGGGGUAGAGGAACAGGGGGUGGGUUAUUAAAGGAAGAUAACACAAGCCAAAUGCAUUUCCCCAUAUAAAAAACAUACAGUGCAUUCGGAAAGUAGACCCCUUUUUUUUUUUAUGUCCUCAUCAAUCUACACACAAUACCCCAUAAUGACAAAGCAAAAACAGGUUUUUAGACAUUUUUGUAUUCAGACCCUUACUCAAUACUUUGUUGAAGCACCUUUGGCAGCGAUUACAGCCUCAAGUCUUCUUGGGUAUGACGCUACAAGCUUGGCACACCAGUAUUUGGGGAGUUUCUCCCAUUCUUCUCUGCAGAUCCCCUCAAGCUCUGUCAGGUUGGAUGGGAGCAUUGCUGCACAGCUAUUUUCAGGUCUCUCCGGAGAUGUUCGAUCGUAUUCAAGUCCGGGCUCUGGCUGGGCCACUCAAGGACAUUCAGAAACUUGUCCCGAAGCCACUCCUGCGUUGUCUUGUCUGUAUGCUUAGGGUCGUUGUCCUGUUGGAAGGUGAACCUUCGCCUCAGUGUGAGGUCCUGAGUGCUCUGGAGCAGGUUUUCAUCAAGGAUCUCUCUGUACUUUGCUCCGUUCAUCUUUCCCUCGAUCCUGACUGGUUUCCCAGUCCCUGCAGCAGAAAAACAUCCCCACAGCAUGAUGCUGCCACCACCGUGCUUCACCGUAGGGAUGGUGCCAGGUUUCCUCCAGACGUGACGCUUGGCAUUCCGGUCAAAGAGUUCAAUCUUGGUUUCAUCAGACCAGAGAAUUUGGUUUCUCAUGGUCUGAGAGUCCUUUAGGUGCCUUUUGGCAAACUCCAAGCGGGCUGUCAUGUGCCCUUUACUGAGGAGUGGCUUCCGUAUGGCCACUCUGCCAUAAAGGCCUGAUUGGUGCAGUGCUGCAGAGAUGGUUGUCCUUCUGGAAGGUUCUCCCAUCUCCACAGAGGAACUCUGGAGCUCUGUCAGAGUGAACAUUGGGUUCUUGGUCACCUCCCUGACAAAUGCCCUUCUCCCCUGAUUGCUCAGUUUGGCCGGGCAGCCAGCACUUGGAAGAGUCUUGGUGGUUCCAAACUUCUUCCCUUUAAGAAUGAUGGAGGCCACUGUGUUCUUGGGGACCUUCAAUGCUGCAGACAUUUUUUGGUACCCUUUGGUACAAUUCCUUCAACCUCAUGGCUUGGUUUUUGCUCUAACAUGCACUGUCAACUGUGGGACCUUAUAUAGACAGGUGUGUGCCUUUCCAAAUCAUGUCCAAUCAAUUGAAUUUACCACAGGUGGACUCCAAUAAAGAUGUAGAAACAGCUCAAGAAUGAUCAAUGUAAACAGGAUGCACCUGAGCUCAAUUUCAAGUCUCGUAGCAAAGGGUCUGAAUACUUAUGUAAAGAAGGUAUCUGUUUUUAAUUUUUAAUACAUUUGCAAUCAUUUCUAAAAACCUGUGUUCACUUUGUCAUUAUGGGGUAUUGUGUGUAAUGUAACAAAAUGUGGAAAAAGGGAAGGGGUCUGAAUACUUUCUGAAUGCACUGUAAAGCAGUUGUGGAUAGCAAAUUGGACCAAUUUCAAGUGCAUUUUAAUGUAUGAGGAAACAUUCUAAAGUACUCUGAAGCCAUAUGACAUUUUCAUAAACGUGCCCCUGUAGCAUAAUGUAUUUGCACAUAUCACAUUACCCUAUUUCAGGCCUGAUUUACCUGACUGGAAAAGUUAAUAUUGAAGAGUGGUGGUUCAGCAUUUUUUGGGUGGCCCACACCCAUGGUCGUCCCAUCUCCUACUGUAAUGGGGGCUCAAAAUCCUAUAACAGGCAGUGACAGAACUGCUGAUUCUCUCUAUUGUAUGCUGUGGGGCCCAGGGCCAGCCAGGGUUCCUAAUUUAAAGCCAAUUUGAACCCUGCUGGGCCCUAUUCUCCUGUAUGCCCAUAGAAAUGACUCACACUGGUGGUUCUAGAAUAAGCCAUCUUUGUCCACCCUAACCCAUGCCUAUUCGAGGUGGCGUGCCUGGUAACUGCAAUGCCCAGUAUGCGUCAACUUGCCUUUUGUCCAGAUGGACACUUGGAGUAAACACAAUAUGGGUGUCCUCUUGGCUCCUGGAGUAAUUGUGUCUUCUCUAAAGCUGAUCUCCAAACAGUGUGAUUAGAGUAAUGGUCUUCAUUGUGCAGCUUUAAUCAGCCUUUACAGCUCUGGAUGAGAUGGUCAUUGAUUCAAGAAGGGCUGGAGGAGAAGCAAUCCAAAACAUUGGAACAUGGCAGGACUCUCUCUCUUUCUUCCAUUGAUUUGGGGUGUUCACCGCUUCAGGUUAUUUGUAAUGGUGAACUCCUGAAGGAAGUUAUUGGUUAACAUGUCGUGAGUGUGUGUGCGUGCCUGUGUGAGUAUGUGGAUGAUGUACAACUGAGAAUAUACACUACCGGUCAAAAGUUUUAGAACACCUACUCAUUCAAGGGUUUUUCUUUAUUUGUUCUACAUUGCAGAAUAAUAGUGAAGACAUCAAAACUAUGAAAUAACGCAUAUGGAAUCAUGUAGUAACCAAAAAAGUGUUAAACAAAUCAAAAUAUAUUUUAUAUUUGAGAUUCUUCAAAUAGCCACCCUUUGCCUUGAUGACAGCUUUGCACACUCUUGGCAACCUUCUCUCAACCAGAUUCACCUGGAAUGCUUUUCCAACAGUCUUGAAGGAGUUCCCACAUUUGCUAAGCACUUGUUGGCUGCUUUUCCUUCACUGUGGUCCGACUCAUCCCAAACCAUCUCAAUUUGGUUGAGAUCGGGUGAUUGUGGAGGCCAGGUCAUCUGAUGUAGCACUCCAUCACUCUCCUUCUUGGUCAAAUAGCCCUUACACAGCCUGAAGGUGUGUUUGUUCAUUGACAAAUGAUAGUCUCACUAAGCCCAAAUCAGAUGGGAUGGCGUAUCGCUGCAGAAUGCUGUGGUAGCCAUGCUGGUUAAGUGUGCCUUGAAUUCUAAAUAAAUCACAGACAGUGUCACCAGCAAAGCACCCCCACACCAUAACACCUCCUACUGCAUGCUUUAUGGUGGGAAAUACACACGCUGAGAUCAUCCGUUCACCCACACCGCGUCUCGCAAAGACACGGCGGUUGGAACCAAAAAUCUCAAAUUUGGACUCCAAAGGACAAAUAUCUACCGGUCUAAUGACAUUUCUCGUGUUUCUUGGCCCAAGCAAGUCUCUUCUUCUUAUUGGUGUCCUUUAGUAGUGGUUUCUUUGCAGCAAUUCGACCAUGAAGGCCUGAUUCACACAGUCUCCUCAGAACAGUUGAUGUUGAGAUGUGUUUGUUACUUGAACUCUGUGAAGCAUUUAUUUGGGCUGCAAUUUCUGAGGCUGGUAACUCCAAUGAACUUAUCCUCUGCAGCAGAGGUAACUCUGGGUCUUCCAUUCCUGUGGCAGUCCUCAUGAGAGCCAGUUUCAUCAUAGCGCUUGAUGGUUUUUGAACCUGCACUUGAAGAAACUUUCAAAGUUCUUGAAAUGUUCCACAUGACUGACCUUCAUGUCUUAAAGUAAUGAUGGACUGUCGUUCCCACCCCCACCCUCCACCUUGUCACAACACAACUGAUUGGCUUAAACGCAUUAAGAAGGAAAUAAAUUCCACAAAUUGAAUUUUAAGAAGGCACACAUGUUGAUUGAAAUGCAUUCCAGGUGACUACCUCAUGAAGCUGGUUGAGAGAAUGCCAAGAGUGUGCAAAGCUGUCAUCAAGGCAAAGAGUGGUUAUUUGAAGAAUCUCAAAUAUAAAAUAUAUUUUGAUUUGUUUAACGCUUUUUUGGUUAUUACAUGAUUGCAUAUGUGUUAUUUCAUAGUUUUGAUGUCUUCACUAUAAUUCUACAAUGUAGAAAAUAGUAAAAAUAAAGAAAAACCCUUGAAUGAGUAGGUGUUCUAAAACUUUUGACCGGUAGUGUAUAUGUGUCAAAAUCUGGAAAGAUGAAUGACACUAGAGAGAUGUAUUGCUUUUGAGUAACAACAAAGAGGACAUGCCACACGCUCAUAUUCAAAAGCGCAGAUGCUCACACGCAUAUCAUCAUUUGCCAGAGUAUGAUGAAAACAUGGAGUCAAAAGAACAAAUCCUACUAGCCUGUCAGAUUACUCUCUCCUUCACUAUGUCAAAAUGAAUGUUCUCUAAGCCACCAUUUUGUGUUCCGUUGCUAUUGCUUUUUUCAAGCACUUUUUUAUUUCCUGCAAUGGCAGGGCCCUGCCCAUUACAUUAGUGUUGUUUUGCUUCGCUGUGAUGUGCUCCCAUCUGGUUCGCAGUGAAAAUGCAUCACUCCAUUAACAUUGCCUGUGAUCUAGGAUGCUUUAAUCUAAGACUAUACACUCCACUUAAUUACAUCCUCCAAAAGAGCUCUAUUAGUAUAAUGCAAUCAAAUAGUGAAUACAUCCAUUCUGGCAAGUCAAACAUGCUAAAGUUGCAGUUGAAAAGGGUUUACUUCUGUCUUACGAUCAGAUCUUAAAAUCAUAUUUAAUACAGUGGCUUGCGAAAGUAUUCACACCCCUUGGCAUUUUUCCUAUUUUGUUGCCUUACAACCUAGAAUUAAAAUGGAUUUUUGGGGGGUUGUAUCAUCUGAUUUACACAACAUGCCUACCACUUUGAAGAUGCAAAAUAUUGUUUUUUGUCUGAAACAAACAAGAAAUAAGACAAAAAAACUGAAAAUUUGAGCGUGCAUGACUUCCCCCCCAUUCUUCAAGGCAAAACUGCUCCAGCUCCUUCAAGUUGGAUGGGUUCCGCUGGUGUACAGCAAUCUUUAAGUCAUACCACAGAUUCUCAAUUGGAUUGAGGUCUGGGCUUUGACUAGGCCAUUCCAAGACGUUUAAAUGUUUCCCCUUAAACCACUUGAGUGUUGCUUUAGCAGUAUACUUAGGGUCAUUGCCCUGCUGGAAGGUGAACCUCCGUCCCAGUCUCAAAUCUCUGGAAGACUGAAACAGGUUUCCCUCAAGAAUUUCCCUGUAUUUAGCGCCAUCCAUCAUUCCUUCAAUUCUGACCAGUUUCCCAGUCCCUGCCGAUGAAAAUCAUCCCCACAGCAUGAUGCUGCCACCACCAUGCUUCACUGUGGGGAUGGUGUUCUCGGGGUGAUGAGAGGUGUUGGGUUUGCGCCAGACAUAGCGUUUUCCUUGAUGGCCAAAAAGCUCAAUUUUAGUCUCAUCUGACCAGAGUACCUUCUUCCAUAUGUUUGGGGAGUCUCCCACAUGCCUUUUGGCGAACACCAAACGUGUUUGCUUAUUUUUUUCCGUAAAGCCCAGCUCUGUGGAGUGUACGGCUUAAAGUGGUCCUAUGGACAGAUACUCCAAUCUCCGCUGUGGAGCUUUGCAGCUCCUUCAGGGUUAUCUUUGGUCACUUUGUUGCCUCCUUGCCUGGUCCGUGAGUUUUGGUGGGCGGCCCUCUCUUGGCAGGUUUGUUGUGGUGACAUAUUAUUUCAAUUUUUUAAUAAUGGAUUUAAUGGUGCUCCGUGGGAUGUUCAAAGUUUCUGAUAUAUUUUUAUUACCCAACCCUGAUCUGUACUUCUCCACAACUUUGUCCCUGACCUGUUUGGAGAGCUCCUUGGUCUUCAUGGUGCCGCUUGCUUGGUGGUGCCCCUUGCUUAGUGGUGUUGCGGACUCUGGGGCCUUUCAGAACAGGUGUAUAUAUACUGAGAUCAUGUGACAGAUCAUGUGACACUUAGAUUGCACACAGGUGGACUUUAUUUAACUAAUUAUGUGACUUCUGAAGGUAAUUGGUUGCACCCGAUCUUAUUUAGGGGCAUCAUAGCAAAGGGGUUGAAUACAUAUGCACGCACCACUUUUCCAUUAUUUAUUUUCUAUAAUUUUUUUUAACAAGUUCUUUUUUUCAUUUUACUUCACCAAUUUGGACUAUUUUGUGUAUGUCCAUGACAUGAAAUCCAAAUAAAAAUCAAUUUAAAUUACAGGUUGUAAUGCAACAAAAUAGGAAAAAUGCCAAGGGGGAUGAAUACUUUUGCAAGGCACUGUACAUAUAUUCAGACCUAAGCCUACUGUAUACUGUAUUGAAUUUGCAAAAAAAAACGGAUGCAUUGUUAAUUGGCAAAAGGUUCCCUUUCUGUGCAGUGAAAGAGUAUAACAACUGAGACUUCAAACAAAUCAACAGUCACUGCCAUUGUCUCUGGACUCUGGUCUCUGUCAGUGUGGAAAUCUGACAUCUGACUUUACAUGGAAAACUGAUGUCUGAUCUUUCAUACUUUCUACUCUAUUACUUCCAGUCAUAUCUGUAAUCACACUAUGCGUGAGUGAUGCUUAUUUCCAAUAUUUUGUUUUAUUAAACAUCAAGAGAAAAAAGUAAAAGUCUGGUUAUAAUUUCAAUACAAAGACGUUAUUAUGAAAUGCAAGAUGCAAAGCAAUGACUUUUGUCAUAGUGUCACAAUAAAAGAUUUGGCUCACCUGAAUGACACAAUUUGCUAUAGUGGUAUUUGGUAUUUUAUUAGGGUCCCCAUUAGCUGUUGCGAAAGCAGCAGCUACUCUUCCUGGGGUCCACACAAAACAUGAAGCAUAAUACAGAACAUUAAUAGACAAGAACAGCUCAAGGACUGAACUACAUCAAUUUUAAAAUGGCACACGUAGCCUGCAUAUCAAUACAUACACACAAACUAUCUAGGUCAAAUAGGGGUGAGGAGUUGUGCCGUGAGGUGUUGCUUUAUCUGUUUUUUGAAACCAGGUUUGCUGUUCAUUUGAGCAAUAUGAGAUGGAAGGAAGUUCCAUGCAAUAAUGUCUCAAUAUAAUACUGUACGCUUUCUUGAAUUUGCUCUGGAUUUGGGGACUGUGAAAAGACUCCUGGUGGUCCCGUGUAGCUCAGUUGGUAGAGCAUGGGGUUUGCAACGCCAGGGUUGUGGGUUUGAUUCCCACAGGGGGGCAGUAUGAAAAAUGUAUGCACUCACUAAACUGUAAGUCGCUCUGGAUAAGAGCGUCUGCUAAAUGACUAAAAUGUAAAAAUGUAAAUGUCUAGUGGGGUAAGUGUGAGUGUCAGAGCUCUGUGUAAUUGACUAUGCAAACAAUUUGGAAUUGUCAACACAUUAAUGUUUCUAUAAAAAUAAGAAGUGAUGCAGUCAGUCUCUCCUCAACUAUUAGCCAAGCGAGACUGGCAUACAUAGUAUUUAUAUUAGCCUCUGAUUACAAUGAAGAGCAAGACCUGCCGCUCUGUUCUGGGCCAGCUGCAGCUUAACUAGGUCUUUCCUUGCAGCACUCGACCACACGACUGGACAAUAAUCAAGAUAAUACUUUUUGGAGUGCGGUGUCAUAAAAGCAGAGCAUCUUUUAAUUAUGGACAUACCUCUCCCCAUCUUUACAACCAUUGAAUCUAUAUGUUUUGACCAUGACAGUUUAUAAUCUAAGGUAACACCAAGUAAUUUAGUCUCCUCAACUUGUUCAACAGCCACACCAUUCAUUACCAGAUUCAGCUGAGGUCUAGAACUUAGGGAAUGAUUUGUACAAAUACAAUGCUCUUAGUUUUAGAGAUGUUCAGGACCAGUUUAUUACUGGCCACCCAUUCCAAACAGACUGCAACUCUUUGUUAAGGGUUUCAGUGACUUCAUUAGCUGUGGUUGCUGAUGCAUAUAUGGUUGAAUCAUAUCCAAUGAGUCAUUGUUCUUUGAUCCUCAAUUCUUACAGAACAUUUUAAAAAAGCUCAGCUCAGGGUAAGUAUCUUACCGGAGAUAAUUAACUAGUAAACCUAUCAAAGAUAUGUGCACAUCUGUGGUUGGAGUUGUGGGCUAUUCAAUUAGGGGAAAGGAUCACUUGAAAACAUGUUGAAUUUUUUUUAUCCACCUAUCAAUGAAUUCCUGAAUAUGUUAUUGACACCAUGACAAAAUAGUAGCCAGUUGACCCCCCCCCCCCCCCCUCCAUUGCAUCUCUUUAAACAAAAUCUAAAUAAGCUAAAUAAUAUGACAUCUUUGAUUGAGUUGACAGAAUUUCUAUGAUGACGGUCCUGUUCCGUUCAUUGCGUAACAUCCGACAUUCAGGGUGAAGACUUCCUGACUGCUCCACGAUGGCGUCCUGCUCUGAGGUUGGUGUUUUGACGAAUUAUAUCCUGAAAUAAUAAAAAGGGGGGUUUCAUUAGUUUUGACUAAGAUAUACAGUUACUGAAAAUCAAACUGACAUUUUAAAUAUAUUAGUGUACCCAAUGCAGAACCCAUAUCAGUACUUCUAAUGUCUUUGUUUACAGUCUCAUGGCUAGCGCCAACAGCCUUACGUAGCUAACUUGCUAGCAUUUCAGACCAUUCCCUUUAUCCCUCUUAGCUAUAUAUGUAUCUUUCGAUUUGCUUUUAGCCACUGAUGUGUUUGUAUUAUGGAUUAGCAUGAUAAGUAACUUAGCUAGCGUUACCUUGCUGUGUCUUGCCAUUGUACAGCAUGGAUCCAACAUUACUUAUGUUAGCUAACUAAUGUUUAUGCGAUUUUCCAUAGGGAUCUGCGUCGGUCAGUUAUGAGCCGACCGAAAGUGCUGCAUCUCAGAAGAGAGAGGAGAGACUACGAAAAUUCCGGGAACUGCAUUUCAAAAGGGUGAGUUUGUUCAAAGGUUCUCCUAUUUCAGACACCUUCUAUUAACGUCUUAGCCCAAUAAUGGACAAAAGGAGCCUAACGUUACUCCUUAUAGACUAAGGCUCCAGCCCAAAAGCCAGCAGAAGGCUAUGUUGAGUCAUUUCAUCUUACCGUCCAAAGCAAAAACCAAAGGGAAUUUAUGCAGCUGGCUAUACACUUAUCCCCCGUGGACCGGUUCGUACAUAAAACAUUCUCCAUUCAGGCUGCAAAUGCGUCGAUUUCCUCCAUAACUCGAUUUAAUGGCAGGAGAAAAUAUGCAUACUUUCUUUAUGACACAACAGUGCUAUAGUGGCUAAUGCUAGUCCUGGAUGUUUAGUAUGGCGUUCAGCCAAUCAGACCAGGGGUGAAAAAAGACUGCUGCAACCUGAUUGGCUGAACGCGAUAUGCAACAUUCGGACUAGCAAGCAAACUAACAAGCGCUGUAACAUGGACAUGUGGGAACCCUAUAAAGUUUUGUUGUAGUUUAACCUUUAUUUUUUUUUUGAAAAAUAUUUCUCACAGAUAUGUUCCUUAUGUUUCCAAAAUCGUACCCCAAGCGAUGCGUUUUAACGUUCAGAACGAGCAUCAGUGCUCAUCACAAAACUUCCCCGGCCAGAACAUACUAUUGUCAAUGGGUACUAAAGAUAGUUAGCGUCUAUGAAUGGGUUAGUAACAUCUUAGUAGCGUACCCUCAUUUGAGCUCACAAGUAGCUUGAGUUUAUAUGGUAUAUCUUGGAUCUGUGUUCUUUGUAUUCAAGUUCUGGAAUUGAUGUAUUUUAUGGUAUCCGUUGCAGAAUGAAGCACGCAAGCUCAAUCACAAGGAGGUUGUGGAGGAGGACAAGAGACUGAAGCUGCCAACUAACUGGGAGGCUAAGAAAGCCCGUCUGGAGUGGGAACUCAUGACCGAUGAAAAGAAAAAGGUAGCGACCUCUUUAUCAAUGGACAUAAUUAACUGCUAUGCAUAAAGGGAAAUUUCACCCAGGGUGACUCUGUUUUGAUCGUGUCUGAGGCAUUUCUAGGUCAGUGAGAUGGGUUUCACACAUAAUUGGCCACAAAGAAGGCAGGUCUGGGCUUCGCGCGUCGAACGGUACACCCGAUGACUGCAUCCGGUGUAUUGACUGGGUGGACAAGAUCUAAAAAUGACUGUAGUCCUGCCUUGUGGCAUUUCGCGAAGCUACUAUAUGUUUGUCGGCAUGUGGAUAUGGUUGUCCUUGUUCGAUAGAGCCAUUGGACGUCUUUCAGCGAUGUUCCUAUCGGCUGAUUAAUUGCUAGAUAUACAAGGGAACAGAUUUCUUUCCAGUCUCUAAAAGACUACAGCUCGGUGUGGGGUGGAGCUUCCUGCUCUGGCCCUUUUGUGCAUUCACUGUGAAUGCUGGACCUUGUGGUUCACUAUGAGCAGACAAAUACACAGGAAGUCGAAACUUCCUGAUUCUAAUAGGGAAAUGAAAAUGUGCGCAUUUUAUCUUGCGUUGAGGAAUGUAAUGUUAAUAUAGUAAUGACUAUAUACAGUGGCAGAGCUAAGGUGAAAUAAUUAUUAUCAUAGAGACUGCUUUGUUGGAUGAACAGUCAUGUGUAAGCUGAUGUUUUUUUGUUGGCUGGUCAAAAAGAUGUCCGAAGUCAACUGCAAAUUGUGUACCUUAGGAUAAUAGAUAAGUAAUGUUAUAAGUUAUCUAGUAAUUGUAUGUACUCUGUUGCUGUUUAGUGACUUGGUGUGUUUCUGUGUGAUUUCAGGAGUGUGCGGCCAAAGGGGAGGACUAUGACAGGGUGAAACUGCUGGAGAUCAGUGCUGAGGAUGCUGAGCGGUGGGAGCGAAAGAAGAAGAAGAAGAACCCUGACCCAGGAUUCUCAGGUGAGAGAUAGGACUCCUUUACUGAGUGAACAGGACUUCCAUCCCUCAGCUGGUCAGUUUUCCUGAACAAGAAAAACUGGUCCCUAUUUAUAGGCUAUUAUAUAUUAUACUGAACAAAAAUAUAAACGCAACAUGUAAAGUGUUUGUCCCAUGUUUCAUGAGCAAAAAAAGAAAUCCAUGACAGUUUCCAUACGCAUGAAAAGCUUAUUUCUCUAAGGUUUUGCCCACAAAUGUGUUUACAUCCCUGUUAGUGAGCUUUUCUCCUUUGCUAAGAUAAUCCAUGCACCUGACCAGUGUGGCAUAUCAAGAAGCUGAUUAAACAGCAUGAUCUAUUACACAGGUGCACCUUGUGCUGGGGACAUUGUCUUACACAACACAAUGACGCAGAUGUCUCAAGUUUUGAGGGAAUGUGCAAUUGGCAUGCUGACUGCAGGAAUGUCCACCAGAGCUGUUGGCAGAUAAUUAAAUGUUAAUUUCUCUACCAUAAACUGCCUCCAAUGUUGUUUUAGAGAAUUUGUCAGUACGUCCAACCGGCCUCACAACCGAAGAGCAUGUGUAACCACGCCAGCCCAGGACCUCCACAUCCAGUUUCUUCACCUGUGUGUAUUUCUGUCUGUAAUAAAUCCCUUUUGUGGGGAAAAACUCAUUCUGAUUGGCUGGGCCUGGCUCCCAAUUCAUCAUAUAGUAACCAAAAAAGUGUUAAACAAAUCAAAAUAUAUUUUAGAUUUUAGAUUCUUCAAAGUAGUCACCCUUUACCUUGAUGACAGCUUUGCACACUCUUGCCAUUUUCUCAACCAGCUUCAUGAGGUAGUCACCUGGAAUGCAUUUCAAUUAACAGGUGUGCCUUGUUAAAAGUUAAUUUGUGGAACUUCUUUCCUUCUUAAUGCAUUUGGGCCAAUCAGUUGUUGUGACGAUAGGGGUUGUAUACAGAAGAUAGCCCUAUUUGGUAAAAGACCAAGUCCAAAAACAGCUCAAAUAAGCAAAGAGAAACGACAGUCCAUAAUUUCUUUAAGACAUGAAGGUCAGUCAAUCUGGAACAUUUCAAGAACUUUGAAAGUUUCUUCAAGUACAGUCGCAAAAACCAUCAAGCGUUAUGAUGAAACUGGCUCUCAUGAGGACCGCCACAGGAAAGGAAGACCCAGAGUUACCUCUGCUACAGAGGAUAAGUUCAUUAGAGUUACCAGCCUCAGAAAUUGCAGCCCAAAUAAAUGCUUCACAGAGUUCAAGUAACAGACGCAUCUCAACAUCAACUGUUCUGAGGAAACUGCAUGAAUCAGGCCUUCAUGGUCGAAUUGUUGCAAAGAAACCACAACUAAAGGACACCAAUAAGAAGAAGACUUGCUUGGGCCAAGAAACAUGAGCAAUGGACAUUAGACCGGUGGAAAUCUGUCCUUUGGUCUGAUGAGUCCAAAUUUGAGAUUUCUGGUUCCAACCGCCGUGUCUUUGUGAGACGCAGAGAGCGGAUGAUCUCUGCAUGUGUGGUUCCCACCGUGAAACAUGGAGGAGGUGGUGUGAUGGUGUGGGGGUGCUUUGCUGGUGAUUUUAUUUAGAAUUCAAGGCACACUUAACCAGCAUGGCUACUACAGCAUUCUGCAGCAAUACGUCAACCCAUCUUGUUUGUGCUUAAUGGGACUAUCAUUUGUUUUUCAACAGGACAAUGACCCAACACACCUCCAGGCGGUGUAAGGGCUAUUUGACCAAGAAGUAGAGUGAUGGAGUGCUCCAUCAGAUGACCUGGCCUCCACAAUCACCUGACCUCAACCCAAUUGAGAUGGUUUGGGAUGAGUUGGAUCGCAGAGUGAAGGAAAAGCAGCCAACAAGUGCUCAGCAUAUGUGGGAACUCCUUCAAGACUGUUGGAAAAGCAUUCCAGGUGAAGCUGGUUGAGAGAAUGCCAAGAGUGUGCAAAGCUGUCAUCAAGGCAAAGGGUGGCUAUUUGAAGAAUAUAAGAUAUAAAAUCUAUUUUGAUUUGUUUAACACUUUUUUGGUUACUACAUGAUUCCAUAUGUGUUAUUUCAUAGUUUUGAAGACGUCACUAUUAUUCUACAAUGUAGAAAAAUUGUAAAAAUAAAGAAAAACCCUUGAAUGAGUAGGUGUGUCCAAACCUUUGACUGGUAAUGUGUGUGUGUAUGCAAUAAUUAGGUCCCAGAGUUUUUCUGGUCAACUCACAUGGUCAGGAAGAGCUCAGGCCCUCCUCUUUAGCUGAGGACCAUUCAAUCGGGGGCUUGGAGAACACCUACCAGUAUGUUUUGCUGUACAUCCUCAAUCAGUUUUUUUUAUCAGGCUAUCACCUAAAAUAAGAUUUACACCUGGGGAAACAAGUGGGAAAGAGUGACUGUUUACUGUGGUGCUGUAGAUCAUGGUUGUUUGUAAAGACCUCCUCAGCUCCACAAAGACCAGUCUUUAAGGCAGCAGAAAUUAAAUUGCGGGAGAGGGCUACUGGAGGUGGUACAGUCACUCCACCGCAGUGCAGCCCUGUACAGAGGAAUUCUGGGUGCGUGUAAAGACCCCUUGGGAUAAAUAAUUUUUAACUGCCUCCAAUUUAAUCUGCCAAAAAUGAUCGCUGUGUUCCCCGAAUAUGGCUGCCAUCUGUUGCAUCAAAACGUCUCUGAAUUAAACCUCUGGGGAGAAAAUUAUCACCAGAGGGGCUUGAAAGGGCCUCAUCUCCCUUAACCAGACGCAGGUUUUGUCGCAGGGCUUUGCGCCUGCUUGUCGUUAGUUCCGGUAAUUAUAACCUCUCUUGUUUGCUGCCAUUGGCCCGCAGGUUACGCAGAGGCCCAGCUGCGACAGUACCAGCGCCUCACCAAGCAGAUCAAACCAGACAUGGACAGCUACGAGAGGCAGAGAGAGCAGUGGUGAGUCGGAGCCUCUUCAUAAAACUCCUUUCGCUCUCUUCCUUUUCCAUUACUGAGUGUUUCAGAGAGACCGUAUUUCCCCCAUAAAAUGAGUAGCAUGACAUGUUUUAUUUCGUCAGACUUAAGCUUUUAGUUAUUUUAGAUAAUUGAUGCUGCCAUCACAGUUUUCACAGAUCAGUGUGCCCCUCUCCUGCUCCUGGGUUAGUUUAGACAUAGCCACAGACUCACAUAAUCAUUUAAUGUCUUGAAAGCGUCAAUGUGAGGCAAACGCUCAAGAGGAACGGUAUGGUUAUAGUUAUGGUGGGCUUUCUUGAUCAGCCAAAGAUGAGUUCAGUACCCACAGGUUUUUCCCCUUAAUGGCUGCCACAUGUGGAGCUGUGAAGGGGGCAGUACACUAAAGAAUAAUGUUCCUAGUCAUAGAGAUGACUGGUAUUCAGUUUGGAGAGAUGGAUGGCGUUGAGGAGAAUCAUUAUAAUGCCUAUUAUGUUAACUGACUCUCCUGUUCUGUCUCACAGCGGUGAGGACUUCCACCCCACAUCCAACAGUCUGAUCCAUGGGACCCACGUCCCAUCCAAGGAGGGCAUCGACCGCAUGGUGGAGGAUGUGGAGAAACAGUAAGCGUAACAGAGACUGAGAGAUCCUAUCCCCGUCUGUCCUCCCAUUCAACGCACUGGAGUCCAAAACAAGGUCUAUUCGUGGAAUGAGUGAGAGCCCUUCGUGAAUGGGACAGGCAGACCUUUGCGUGCAUGAAACCUGCGGCAUAUAUAAUACCUACUGAAUGAGCCCCAGUGUUAAGAGCCUGAUGGGGCUGGCUGAUCAGGCUCUUACGGUAUCACCCGCUGAGGAGGUGCUGGAAAACUCUUGUCUUUCUAUCUUAGUGGUAGACUGGGAGUGUGGCCUAGUUAAUGAGCUCUCAUCUCUGAUUCUCAGCCCUUAGAUUACCACAGCUUCUGUUGCAUCUGCAUGAAUGGUGUUAAGUUGGCCAGACAGGCUGUCAGAAGAAUGCAUUUGCCCAAUUCACUAAUGCAUUGCAUGCCUUUUGAAAGAAUGGCCAUGGAAUAGACCAGUCAAGCUGCACACUAGACCUUCCGUACCAGCUAAGGUCACAGGGGUUAAGGUUCUCCAUCACUGCAAUGGAUUUCUGUUGUGGGUUCUGGAGAGCUCAUGGAUUUGGAGAUAGUUGUUUAAAAUAACUAAUUGACUGACAUCGGUUCAACUAUAUGCUCGAUGUGCAGUUUCUGUAGAGAUAAAUCAAAUCAAGCCUGUACUGUGCAAUGUAGUAGGGAGUUAUAGUUUCCAACAGGCCAAUAUUCUACAUAGUUUAGUGCAGAAAACAUGGUAAUUAACUACAAUGACCAUAAUUCAUUGCAUGCCCGCUUAAACUGGUCUGGUCUGUGAGGCGCAGACAAGGAGACUGAGAGAAUGCAUGAUCUAAGUGAUUGAUAGUUGGUAUUCAGCAGUCAUAAAAGUAUGCCUUAUUUACUUUGAAGAACUACUAAAAUUGUGAUUUUGUCAGACAGCAGCUCUAUAGAGAUGAGAUGAUGACUUGGAAUGAAAUAAUAAAGUCAUGUGAAUAAAUUAUGGUUAACAAGUGAUAAGCAUUAAUGGGCAGUCACUACCAUCAUGGGACUUUUAUUGUUUUAUUCUGUGCUACAGCAUUCAACCCACCUAAAGCAUACUGCAUUUAAUGUAUAAAAAAAUUGGAAAUAAAAAACCAUGAUUAUUUUUUUAAUAAUCAAACUGAACCUACCUCAAAAAGCACUAAUCGCUCAGCACUAGAGAUGACAUAGCCUAAUACAGAAGCAUGUCUGUUCUACGAAAUAUGUGCACUGAACUGACAUGCAUGAUUGUUGCAGACACUCUGAUGAAGGGAGUAGUCCCUAACAAUAUUCUAUAAUGCACACCACCACUGCGCUCAACUCAAACAGUAGUGUGUAGCCUACUGUAGCUGCUUCAAAGGCUAUACUUUAUCACUCAGGAUGCAACUUUCCAUUGCUACUAUUUUUGCCAUGUAAUGAUAUUAAAAACGAAAUCAGACAACCCCAUAUUAGAAUAGUUUACCUAUUUACCUAGUCGGCUUGUUGAUGUGUGUUCUAUGCGAGAUAAAUAUUCAUUUCGAGGCGCAUUCAAGUUGCGAGAGAUGUAUAGAGACGGAAAUGUAUUUUGACAAGCAGUCAAUGCACAACAAUUCUUAAUGCAAUCGCGGGAAAACACUUUUGAAAGCAGUUUUGGCUUUUGUUAAAAACGAGGGGGUCCCAGUUUUCCAUUGCUACCACGUUUUUUUCUUUACUCCUUCAAUAGACGGGUUGGUUGUUUAGCAACAAAACCGACGCGUGCACAACUAUGGGGCAAAACAGACAGGGUUGGUUUAGAUUGUUGACAACAUAUUUAUUGAAAACAUAAAUACAUUUGCACAAUGAGCACUUUUUGUCUCCCAACUACAUUGUUACAGUUGUUGGUUAGCUUGUGAAUUUUUACCAUAUUAGCAUAGACAUGACAUCAGUCAAAACACAUCAAAACAUUACAUGGUAUCAAGAACAAGAUAAAACUAGCUGAAACGAGCCACCUACGAUUCCCAACAUAGCUAGCAACAAUGACAAGAAGCUGCCAUCCAGAAUCAAAACACAGGCCUUCUGCCCCAUUGAAGCGUGCGUUGUCAUCUAACAUGUCUAUUGCACGAGUGGCAUCGAUUUAUAAAUGAGUUUCAAGUAUGGUUUAGGCGCAGCUGUGCAACAACAGAGCUCUUAAAGGGACAAUGGCAUCUUAUAAGUGCAAUGACAUAUUUUGUAAUAGAAUAAAUAAAUAAAAUCGAAUAAUUAUUAUUUAUUUGUCAUCAAAUAAUUAUUCAUAAUUAUAACAAUCAGGAUGUUGUGUCCAAUGGGGUAACUGCAGAUGGACAACCCCCAUGCUUCAGCCUAUGUCAAUUUUAUAGCCACUAUGCUGCAUCAGUCAGGAUACAGGUGAUGAUGCUUAUGGGCUAUAUGCAUGGUCCAAUAUGUUAACAUAAUUUUUCCAAUGUGUUAUUGGGCUCAUUUCUGGAGGUGGAAAUUAUAUUUUAGAUGGUGUCAUUUUAUUUUAUUUCAUUUUGGAGUAGAAUGUCCUUUUAAGAAAUCACCAGAACUGAGCUUCUCAGUCCUUCUACAUAAAAAUUAUCCUGGGGAGGACCACGGGCCACCUAAGCAAGGAGACUGGAACUGGUCGAAGUCAUACUGUUUAAUACAUGUACAAAAUUAUCCUCUUUCCCUAAAAGCAUGAUGGUCAUGACUUUCUUACAUGAAAGGGGAGGUUAACUUGGCCCCAGACAGUCGAUCUGAAAUCGACUUAAGUUUUGUUUGUUCUUGCUUUAACCCCUGAGGUCAAGUCCUCAUGUCCCACACACCAGACCAGCAUAUUCCUUGCCCUAGUGUCCCUGGGUUACAUUAGCCCUUACUCAUUCUCUCCUCUCUCUUCAUCCAGCUAUAUUUGGGAGGCCUUGUGUUAGUGAUGGUCCUGUGAGAGAUCAGACGUGGCAGAAGCUGCCAGGGCAUGAUGCACAUCUCUGUUUAGAAGACACUAUGUAAAGGCUGUGAGUUAGCAGAUUGACUCUGUAUGUGCCUGUGUGUUCGAGUAGAAGGUUUCAUUGGUGCUUUGGCAUAUGAUCGUUUAGGGAUCGUUGCUUUUGUGUGAUGGUGAGUUGUUCUGGAGAGAUUGGAUUUUAAGUAACUGAAUUAGGUUUUUCUACUAUGAUUGUUGUCCUUUUGGUUUGUAAGUUGUGUGUGUGGUCCUUUUGGUUUCUUGACACUGAUCCUUUGCUGUUCUUCACAGGAUCGAGAAGCGGGCCAAAUACAGCCGGCGUAGGGCCUACAACGAUGACGCAGACAUCGACUACAUCAACGAGAGGAACGCCAAGUUCAACAAGAAGGCAGAGCGGUUCUAUGGCAAAUACACAGCCGAGAUCAAGCAGAAUCUGGAGAGAGGCACAGCAGUC